UCGAAACUAGCGCUAGUUUCUGUUUAUUUAUUUUGCUGCAUUCUGAUCCCGUGGUAUCUGUAGGGAAGCCACAUUUCAUUCUCUAUAAUUUAUAAAUCUUAGGUUUCAUGUAUCCGUACGUUUUACGAAUUUGAAACCUAGAUCGUUCCAUUGGGCCGGAUCUGGAUCUCCUUAUUCAUCCUGUGAUUGUGUAGCUAGGGUGUUCUUUCUGUUGCUACUUUAACGUUUAUUUAGAUUUGUGUCCGGUGGGGAACUGAGAAAACAAGAUGGUUGUACUUGCGGCUUCCAUCAUAAGUAAAUCUGGCAAAGCACUUGUCUCGAGGCAGUUUGUUGACAUGUCUCGUAUACGAAUUGAGGGCUACCUUGCUGCUUUCCCCAAAUUGGUGGGAACAGGGAAACAACAUACUUAUGUUGAGACUGAGAAUGUCCGUUAUGUUUAUCAGCCAAUAGAGACCCUAUAUUUGCUUCUUGUUACAAACAAGCAGAGCAACAUCCUCGAGGAUUUGGAGACACUGAGGCUGCUUUCUAAACUUGUGCCUGAAUACUCCUAUUCCCUAGAUGAGGAAGGCAUUGGCAAGACAGCUUUUGAGAUUCUUUUCGCGUUUGAUGAAGUCAUCUCGCUGGGACACAAGGAAAAUGUCACAGUUGCACAAGUCAAACAGUAUUGUGAAAUGGAAAGUCAUGAAGAGAAACUGCACAAGUUGGUCCUACAAAGUAAAAUCAAUGAAACCAAGGAUGUCAUGAAACGGAAGGCCAGUGAGAUUGACAAAAGCAAGAUUGAGAAGAAUAGAGGUGACAAGGGAGGUCUGGGAGGAUUUACGUCAUUUCAAUCAGUGACUUCUGGAACGGGCUUUGGCAGUGACACCGGCAUAUCUAGCAGCAGUGGUGGUUUUGGAGGUGUUUCAAGCUUUGGAUUAAACACCGAAGGGGAGUCCUUCUCUAAGUCCAAAGUUCAUCCAUCAUCCUCUGCUUCAGCUCCGCCAAAAGGUUCUAGUAUGAAGCUUGUGACAAAACAAAGAACCAACCAAUUUUUGGAAUCUCUUAAAGCUGAAGGUGAAGUGAUUGUUGAAGAUGUGAGACCAAGUGUUGGUCAGUCCAGAGCACCUGCUUCUCUGCCAAGUGACCCUGUUACAUUAAGUAUCGAAGAAAAGCUUAAUGUAACAUUGAAACGGGAUGGUGGCAUUGGAAACUUUGAUCUGCAGGGUAUGCUAUCACUCCAGAUACUUAACCAAGAUGAUGGAUUCAUCCAAGUUCAGAUUGAGACUGGUGAUAAUCCUGGAGUUAUAUUUAAGACCCACCCCAACAUUAACAGGGAUUUAUACAAUGGUGAAAACAUUUUGGGUCUUAGGGACCUAAACCGCCCAUUCCCUUCUGGCCAGGGCAGUGAAGGUGUUAGUUUGUUGAAAUGGAGAAUGCAAAGUGCAGAUGAGUCACUUGUGCCAUUGUCAAUUAGCUGCUGGCCUUCUGUUUCUGGGAAUGACACGUAUGUGAACAUGGAGUAUGAAGCUCCAACUUUUGAUCUACAAAAUGUUGUGAUCGCCAUUCCUCUUCCAGCUCUUAGAGAGGCACCAAGAGUACAACAAAUUGAUGGGGAUUGGAGGUAUGACGCCAGGAAGUCAAUUUUGGAAUGGUCCAUUGUACUCAUUGAUAACUCCAAUCGCAGUGGAUCAAUGGAAUUCGUAAUUCCUGCAAUCGAUACAUCAGAUCUUUUCCCAAUUUCUGUGCGCUUUACUUCUACAAGAACUUUCAGUGACCUAAAGGUGAUUAACGUUUUGCCUCUGAAAGGAGGAAAUCCUCCCAAGUUUGCUCAGAGAAUGCUACUCUCUGCUGAAAAUUAUCAAGUGGUAUGAUCAUUGCAAAUGUGUCGCCGUUCUAUUGCAGUGUUGGUUUGUACCAAACUCUACUCGGUUCUAUUAACUUUUUUUGCAGAAUCUAUACAAGUAAAGAGGUUGAGUUGUUGAUACAUUUGACACGGUUUUUGUAAGGAGUUUGUUCGUUUUCUCGACUGUACAAAUUUACUUAAUAAAUAACGCUGGUUUUACUGA